AUUUCUCCACCACUACCUUCUCACCGCUUACUGCAACACCCAAGAAGCUGCCGUACGACCUGGCAAUGCAUCUGACCUGACACUUUCGAUCCUGCCACCUGCCCCAGCCUCUUCGGCACAAGAUUUCACACACCACACCUCAGACCAGUGUUGGACCUUGUGUGUGUCUAACGAGGGUCUGAGAUGGAUGGUCCACCGCCUCCGCCACCUCCUCCUCACGGUGCAAACCCGAAAACCACUUCAGGCCUGCCCCCAGGCAACUAUGACAUAUUCAUAGUCCCUCCUCACUCGUCUGGUAGUGGCUUCCUCUACUUGCCCUCGCUACAAUGCCACAGAAAUAGCUUCAUUGCUGGCGUGUCGUGUGCCUUCAUAGCUGUCUGGAUAUGGACAAUGAUAGAGCCCAGUCUGAAAAUAUGGUUCUCCACAAUAGCCACCUCAUCUGGCGGUCCUGGCAUAGUUGUCCUGGUCAUAGGAGUCGGAGUUUUGGGCUGGGCACUGGGCAAGACUCAAAUGGAAGGCGGAUUUACAGGUGCCAAACCGAAUGCUCAUGCUAGACCUGGCGGUGCUGCUGGUGGUCCUGCCGGAGCUGCUCCACCGCCAGGUUUCGGAGCAUCCAGCCCCCCUCCGCAAGGAGGCUUUGCAAACGGUGGCCCGCCACCCCCACAUUCACAUCAUCCAGGUGGAGCUGGACCACAGCCAGGCUGGGGUUCCAACAACUACCAGCAACAUAAUUAUGCCCCUCCGCCUCGAUCACCUCCUUCGCCACGUCCCAGACCCGAAUACACCCAACCUCCACCACCUCCAAAACCAGAGUACACCCAACCUCCACCUCCAAAACCUGAGUACACUCAACCUCCACCUCCAAGACCUGAGCCCGCUCAACCACCACCUCCAAAGCCGGAGCCCGCUCAGCCGCCACCUCCAAAACCUGCACACACUCAACCGUCACCUCCAAAACCUCAGCCCACUCAGAUGCCACCUCCAAAACCCGAACCUAAAGCUCCACCGAAACCGCAAGCAGCCCCAAAACCUGACCCGCCCCGGCCGAAUGCAGCUGCGGAAUGGGAGAAAGCUAGAGCCGAGACGAAGCGCCGCGAGGAGCAACGACGACGCGAGGAAGACGUGAGACGGCGACAAGAGGAAGAAAAGAAGAAGAAGGAAGAAGCUGAAAAGCAAGCUCGUGCUGCCGCCGAGAAAGAAAAAUGGGAAAAGAUGAGGGCACGCGAGAAAGAAGCCCGGGAACGCGAAGCGAGAGAGAGACUCGCAAAGGAGAAGGCAGAGAAGGAUGCAAAGGCAGAGCCGAAACCCUCGGCGGCUAGCGAUGCACAAGCCAAGCUUAAGAAGGAGAUUCGUGAAAAGAUUGAGCAAGAGAAGAAGAAUAGCCCACAAGAGACGCCGAAAGAGAAGGCUGAUCGUGAACGUGCUGAACGCUUGAAAGCUGCGCGUGAGCGUGUCGAGCGAAUGGCUAAAGAGGGCACCAAAUCCGGCGGCAACACGUUUGGCGUUGGAGAGCGGACCAAUCCGUACGCUGGCAGUAAUUACUCUAGCGGCUCUCCCACCAAGGGCAAUUACGAAAAGCCGUCCGCAAAGUCGUAUCUGGGAACAGAAGACACACACUCCUUUCGGCCUUAUGAUCAAGCACCGCGAGCUCCCAGAAGAGCUGCACCGAGUGCUGCCAGAUCAAUGUUCUCAGAGUCUUCAUAUGCGCCUUCUCAAACAACUGCUCGGACCUCACCUCCCCCAAGUCAGAGAGGAGCCUACAGCACGAGUGACCCCGACAAGAUCGUCAUCAAGGGCGUCUACCUCUUCAAUGACUUGUUCCCAAAACCUAUCGCACAGCUCGUAUCUGGCAUUGGACACGUCACUGAUGGCCUUAUCCUAAGAAUCACGACAGAGGGCCUGUUCAUUGACGACGAUGUUCGAGGCGUGCCCCAGCGCGAGUGGGAUGUCAAAGCGUGGACUAUGAAGCUGGUCGAGACCGGCGAGAAAGGUCCACGUCACGUUCUGCGCGCCUCGAUCCGCGAUCCGGAGGGCAAGAAGUACGUUUUUGUCCUGCCCGAGGAGGAGAAUUGGAAGGUCCAGAAGGGUAUCGCCAAGCUCCGCAAGGGUACUCAAGUCCGAUCACUCGGCGUCAACGGUCUCAGUGUGUCCGAGAGCAAGAAGUUGUUGGAGGGCCUUGGGUAUAUGUGAUCUGUGGGUCAUAACAUUAUACCGCGCCGCUGCAGUCGACUUUUGUUGCGACCACGAUGCGGAAGCAUCUCCACCC